AUGGAUAAGCAUUCGUAUGAUCCAGUGACGGGCCAAUUGAUAGAAGAGUUUGCGAAAGGCUUUGAGGAGUUCAUGGCAUUUGCAACACGACAAGAGCUAGCUAUGGAAUCCGGUAAAAUAUACUGUCCUUGUCCUACUUGUCGGAAUCGUAGAUUUGUGUAUAUAAAAACAGUAUGGAAUCAUAUUUAUAGAUCUGGAUUUAUGCCGGGUUAUAAGAUUUGGUAUUCACAUGGAGAGAGUGAGGAAAUGGCAUAUACUAAUGCUAGUGCUAGUUCCUCGAAUAGGAUAGAAGCAGAAAUUAGACCGGAAGUAGAAGAAAACCGAGGAACUGUUCAAAUGGUUAAUGAUGCGUUUCGGGAAAACGUAGCAUUGUUUGGUGAGGAAGAAAAUAGGAUAGAGGAACCUAAUCUAGAAGCCCGGAAGUUUUUUGAUAUGUUAGAUGCUGCUAAAAAUGAGUUAUACAAAGGUUGUAGAGAGGGUAUAUCGCCAUUAUCAUCUGCAACUGAGUUGAUGUCUAUAAAGACGGAUUUCAAUUUGCCUGAAGAUUGUGUGGAUCGACUUAGUGAUUGGGCAAGAAGAAUGUUACCUGAAGAUAAUCUACUAGCGGCUUCAUACUACGAGGUGCAGAAAUUGGUAGCUGGUCUUGGUUUGCCGUAUCAGAUGAUAGAUGUGUGUGUUGACAAUUGUAUGAUAUUUUGGAGAGAAGACAAAAACAGAUCAACAUGUCGUUUUUGCCGCAAACCUCGAUACCAAGAAACAGAGGGAAGAGUUUGUAUUCCAUAUAAGCGGAUGUGGUAUUUGCCGAUAUCAGAACGGUUGAAGAGGUUAUAUCAAUCCGAGCGUACGGCGGAGUCUAUGAGAUGGCAUGCAGAGCAUACAUCUAAUGGAGAGAUUGUGCAUCCCUCAGAUGCAAAAGCAUGGAAACAUUUUCAAGAAGUGUAUCCUAGUUUUGCAUAUGAGAGGAGGAAUGUGUACCUCGGGCUAUCUACAGAUGGAUUUAACCCUUUUGGGAAGCAUGGAAGGCAAUACUCUUUGUGGCCAGUUAUAGUAACACCUUACAAUUUGCCUCCAUCUUUGUGCAUGAAGCGAGUGUUUUUAUUCCUCUCAAUUCUCAUCCCCGGUCCAGCCAAUCCUAAGAGAUCACUUGACGUUUUUCUGCAGCCAUUGAUUCAUGAGUUGCAAAUGUUAUGGGAUCAUGGUGUUGAAGUGUUCGAUGUUUCUUGCCAGCAGAAUUUUACGAUGCGUGCAGUGCUUAUGUGGACUAUAAGUGAUUUUCCAGCAUAUGGUAUGUUAUCCGGAUGGUCAAUGUAG